GCAACGCGAGCCCAGCAGGGGGCACGGGCAGAAGCCGCUCGACGACGAAAUGGCGGUCGAUAAGGACCUGCUGGAGUUGGAUCUGUACGGCCUGCUGGGGGUCGGCGAGAAGGUGUCGGAGAAGGAGAUUAAGAAAGCGUACCGCCAGAAGGCCUUGACUUGUCACCCAGAUAAGAACCCAGAUAAUCCCCGAGCAGCGGAAGUCUUCCACCAGCUGUCUCAGGCCUUAGCUGUUCUGACAGAUGCAGCAGCAAGGGUGGCAUAUGACAAAGUGAGAAAAGCCAAAAAGCAAGCAGCAGAAAGGACACAAAAGCUUGAUGAGAAGCGAAAGAAAGUAAAGCUUGAUCUUGAAGCCAGGGAACGGGAAGCCCAGAUCUGUGACAAUGAAGAGGAGGAGAUCCGGAUAACAAGGACCUUAGAACAAGAAAUAAUACGGUUGCGUGAAGAAGGCUCUCGUCAGCUUGAAGAGCAGCAGAGACUCAUUCGAGAACAGAUCCAACUUGAAAGACAGCAGCGCAUCCAAGGUGAAAUAGGCAACCAAAUAGGAAAUGGAGCAGAAGGCAGAAUAACUCCCAAACUCAAACUAAAAUGGAAAUGCAGGAAAGAAGAUGAGACAGGAGGGGGAUAUUCAAAGGAAGUUUUACUGCGGAUGCUGCAGAAGUAUGGCGACGUGCUAAAUUUGUUGAUCUCCAGUAGGAAGGUUGGAAGUGCAGUCGUGGAAUUUGCUACUGUUAAAGCUGCUGAAAUGGCUGUGAAGAAUGAAGUUGGCCUGACAGAUAAUCCUCUAAAGAUUUCCUGGCUGGAAGGCCAGCCCCAGAGCAAUCCCAGCUGUGUCCUUUCUGACAGCAGUGGUCGGCCUAGGACUUCACAGGACUUUCUGUCAGUGUAGCAAUACAUUGAGGUACAAGCUACUUGAACAACUGGAUGUUUGCACAAUAUCCCCCUCUUAAAAGUGAAAACUAAGGAUGCUCCUUGCUCAACACAAAGCCUCUAAUUCCAUUCUUCUGUGAAUUUAGUGUAGUGUACUUCAACUGUGAAAUCCUUUGGCAGGUAGUUCACUGAAAGAGGUAUGGAACCUUUAGAGAGGUUUAGUUACUGCAUUCACAAGAGGGUGAAAUUUCAAUGCUAAAAGCAAACCUAUGUUCUUAGGGUCUGCAGGAGGAAAACUAAAAUAGUGUCA